AUGAGUGACGAGGAUGAGCCUUUGAAUUUUUCCGCUUCUCGUCUUAAUCAUCAAAAUGAUGACAUAAAACAAGAAAUCUCCAUGGAGGAUCGUUUAAUGGGACUCCGAUCGAUAUUCCACGGUCCGGUGCUUUUUCCGAAUACUCUCAUGAAUUCAGGAGGAAUGAUCCCUCCUCAUAUUGCUGCAGCCGUUGCUCUAUCGAUGAAUCAUCGAAUGGCACAAACAAGUACGCCUCCAUUUGAUCCAACUACAAUCUCUGUGUCAUCGUUUCCGACACUCUCUCGAGAUUCACCACCUGUUGCCUCAUCGCCAACACUCAGCUGUGCAGUUUGUGGUGACGUUAGUAGCGGAAAGCAUUACGGUAUUCUUGCAUGUAAUGGUUGUUCUGGAUUCUUCAAAAGAUCUGUUCGUCGGAGGCUCAUAUACAGGUGUCAAGCGGGCACGGGAAGCUGUAUCGUGGACAAAGCUCACAGAAAUCAAUGUCAAGCAUGUCGAUUAAAGAAAUGUCUCAGUAAAGGAAUGAAUAAAGACGCUGUACAAAAUGAAAGGCAACCACGAAACACCGCGACUAUUCGACCUACCGUCGACAUGGAUCCCCAUAAUUUUUUACGGGAGUACGCAGGAGCAGUAUCGGCCGUUCUAUCGCAACCAGAGUUACCACCUCGUGAGGAAUCCCCGUUAAGUGCGACUAGUGAAGGAAGGACCGAGGAUGAGAAGAAAGAUGUGUUUCCGGACUCACCUAGUAAGAUCAUGGAACUUUCCUUGCUUUGGACGCAAGCUGUGCCAUCAUUUCGAGCGUUAGGCGAGUCUGAAAAGUCUCAUCUUCUUAACGCAAACUGGCGACUACUGUUCCUCUUAUCCCUCGCUGAAUGGUCUCAUUCGUACUUUUCGGAUGGAAAUGAUCUCGAACCUGCUGUGAAAAGCGCUCUGAACUGUGUUAGGCAACUCGAAAUGGAUCGAACAGAGUUCUCCUGCCUCAAAGCGGUCGCACUCUUCUUGAGUGACAAAUUAGCAAUGAAAGACGACGAACUCAUUGCGAAGCGACGAUUCGCGCCUGCUUCAAAACCGCAAAGAGAAGUGAUAUCAUCUCCUAUGGUACUCAGCUUGUCACUUCUUCUCGGUGUCCUUAUUAUUUUAGCGAAAACUGCUGAUAGAGAUCCCGACGACCAAGAAGUUGUAGUUCACGAUCAGGUGCUCCCUCUACCUCAUGUCGACGAACAAGGGUUGCUUUCAUCUUCAGGAUCUUUGCCGGAUUGGAGCGAGGUUAAACGAAAAUCACCACAUUUUGUAGAAGUGCUUCUCGCUGUCGAUGCUGGCGUUGCUCGACACUAUGGACACCAACGCGAACGAAUACGAGCUGCUAUGUUAACUUUAAUGCAUGCAGUUAAUCUUUAUGCUUUUCAACUCGAUAUCCGGAUAGCUAUUGUAGAUGUGCUUCCAAUACGUGGUCACAAUAUUAGCCUCGAACAAUUUCUCGAUUGGCGGACUACAACAGAGGACUUGGUAACUCAUGACGUUGCUAUUCUUAUUCGACAUCGUUAUGAAGGAGGGAUUGCUUACGUAAAUGGAGUUUGUAAACGAACAGCAGUAGGUAUAGCUGGGUUUUUCCCAGAAGCUCCUUACGAGUAUGCAUCCGUAUUCUUUCAUGAACUUUCACAUUUACUUGGACUUUCUCACACAUCCACUGCCGAUUGUAAAUGCUCGAAAAAGAACCGUGGAAAUUGCCUUCGUAUCGAUGGUUUUGAUCGUGAAUGCAGUGCACAAGCAUUGGUAGAUCUACUCCCAUCGAUUGAGUGCCUCGGAGAACCUCGACGCCUUCCACGUACUGUUCUACCUCUUUGCGGUAAUGGUAUCGUCGAGGAUGAUGAGGAUUGCGAUUGUGGACCAGCAAAAUAUUGCAAUAACGCUUUGUGUGAGCCAAGGACAUGUCGAUUUAUUGUGGCCAGAGAAUAUCUAUACACAACUUUUACAUUUGGAGUUGCACUCGCUAUUUGUGGUAUACUCAUGCUCAUAAAGCGCACUUUCUCACGGGAUCCCGACUCGACGCUCGCAAAGAAGAAGAAAACGAAACUUCCACUCCUUCAUGCUCGUAUGCUAUUUAGUCCUGACUCGCCAGCAUCCGAAGUUCCUACCAACCUACAAACAACGAACACCUUUCUUUCGACAAGAAAACUUAGCUCACCGAAUCCAGUUAAGCUGCCUACAAUAAUGUGCACACCAGUUCGACCGGCACCGAAACCACCAGUGCAGCUAACGUUGGAUUCUGUAAUACCGGUAACUAAGGAACCUAUUGUGACGUCCGAAUAUGUGCCUAUGAAUCCUCCCAAGUCAAUGAGGAUUGUUCAGCGAGAACCAUCUCUUCGUCUUCCAUCCAUCACUGCGCAUCGACCGAAAAUUAGCGAUCCAAUUCCUUUAAUAGUAGCUGGUCGAGUAGUGAAUGAACAAGCUUCUCCAGAAACACCCAUUUCUUUGCCAAGAAAACCUUCCCAAGAAUUCAUUGCAUCUCUGGAAGAUGUUCUUCGAGCACAAACGUCAGAACGGAGAGUUAAGUUAUCACUCGAACAUAAGAAUACAACACUUCCAAAGCCCCCACUUCCCGAUCGAGCGGAUAAACCUGCUCUACGACCAUUCCUUGACCCACCUAAAGAAAGAGUAUAUGAUUUGCCAACUGUAGACAGUUGA